UUUAAAGGUUUGUCUAUGAUAAGAUGACAACCACCUAAGGUUAGGUUAGGAAAGAGAUUCAAAUAUCAUACAGGGAUAUUUAUAUACAUUAUUUGGGAGCUUUCUGUCUUCCUCAUUAAGAUAUUGGUGAAGGUGAUAGAGACUAACAAGACCGUGAUAGUGGUAAAGUUAGCUGGGUACAACUUUACUGCCCUGCUGCAGGCGGCUGUGUCCUGGUACCUCUGUGGCCCCUUUUCAAAAGCUUUUUGUGUUUGUUUGUGUUUGUUUGUGUGGGAGUCUGCUUUGACCUUGAGGCCAAUCUUGAUAAUCUUGAUACUUAAAAGCUAUAUAAGUGUGUAAAAUAAACGGCAAUCUCGAGGUCAAUGACAUCCCUAGGAAGUGUCAAUAUUUGGACAAACUCAAGCUAAUGACGUACAAAUACUAUUUACAUUUGUAGGGUGGUGUUCAGCUCCGUGGGUAGAACAUCCACCACAUGUGUUGAGGCUACAGUCCUCGUUGCAGGUUGCCCCAUUUCGACCCCUGCACUGACCGACCCGUCCUGCAUGUCGUUUUUACAUUUGUACAUUUGUAAAAAAAAAAAAAAAAAAAAACAUAGAGCAGAUUCCUUUUUGAUAGACAUGAAUAGAGUGUUAAAAGCAUUUCAGGAUCAGCUCCCAGAAAACCCUUCUACAUAGUUACACUGUGUUUGGGACCAUGUCUACGUGUAUCCUGAUUCCACAUAGUGCCACUAUGAGUCUUGCAUUAGUUUUGUCAGUAAUGAUGCAUGACUCCACAACUGGCCUGUGACAAUGCUCCUAUUGUUAAAUGUCACCUCACAGUUGUUUGAUGUGGGGUGACAUGACUGCAUUUCUUAAAUUCCAGUCUAACCAGGAAAAUCAAGGCGUUUACCUUUUCACACGGGUGUCAGGUUUACAGCCACAGGUAUCAGAUACAGGCUUCCUGAAAGAUUUUUUUUUUUUUUUUUUUUUUUUCAAAGAUGAUAAUGAAAACUAUGAGAGAUAAGGUGCAAUCAAAGGCCUCUCACACUCUGGAUGGGGGUAUUAGUUUAACGGUACAAUGACAGACAAAGAAACAGAGUCUACAAGUGCCAAAGGAAAGUCUCACAACCUCUUCUGCAAGCAAACAAACAACAAAAAAAGACUUUCACAUGGUCACAGACCACCAGUGGCAUUUGAGUAUUCACUUCCUGUGUGGAAACUAUUACUCUUGUGUGUUUGUGUGUGUGUGUCAGGCCAGGUCUAAGCUCACUUGAAUUGAAUCAGUUAAAGAUAUACAACGUCUUCUUGUGUAGUUUCUGUUGCCCUCUCCAACACUACAGGUGCAGUUCAGAAUUAAGAAACUCAGAACAGAAGUGGUGCUACAGACUAACGGAUUCGAUGGAGGAUUUUUCUAGAUAUUUGAGCAUCAACUGGACUUUGACUCUGAUUCUGUGCUGCAUCUUCCAGAUUCUCUUACCGUCAGAAGGGAACAUCAUAUCAGAGGUGGCUGGCAGCACGGUGACCUUAACCUGUAACAGCAACUCAAUCGGCGGACUCAGUCUACUGAAAUGGACAAUGGAUGGAGUUCACCUGUUCAGUUUCAAACCACAGGAAAAGCUUUUUGCCACCGAGGAAGCUGUCCGCCUGAACAUGAACAUGUCUCAGUUAGAGAGUGAACUGUAUGCACUCAUCAUAGAGAAGGCCCAGGUGGAUCACAGGGGAAACUACACUUGUGAUAUGAUCACAAACACCGGAGUCUGGCAACAGAGCUGGCAGCUCAUAAUUACAGAGAAACCUGGAGAGUUGCCUGACCAAAUAAUCGCUGUGGCGGUUGGUGUUCCUUGUGUGUGUUUCCUGAUCUUUGUGUUAGUUUUCAUCCUUCUCAGAGGACUCUGUCUACUAAAUAAUCCUCCUCCUGCUGUAGAAAUGCCGGAGCAAAGCGAAGUUAUUUAUGAAACCUGCCUUGAAAUUGAGGUGAGGCGGCCUUACCUUCGGAAGACCAGGGCCCGCUAACAUGCAGCAUUGCCUUACAUCUCACCAUACAGUACUAAUUUUUCUAACUGCUUUUUUUCAAAUAAUAUACUGUAUGUAAUGACUGCCACAAGGUUUGCUUGUAUGGAAGGUUGGUGUACUCAGCUUUAUUUUUGAAUGCUGGAUGACCUUCUGUCCUUGACAUUUAAUUUUCUCAGUACUUAAUCAUAACAUGUCACCUCAGGACACUUAACUGAGUAGAGAUCAGCUUGACCAUGGUGUGCACAGAGACUGUUACUGCAAAGACAUCUUCCUUCCUGUUCCUUUGUGGGGAGAAAUCUCACACAUGAAAGUCAACAAAGUUUCAAGCUCACACCAUUGUACUGUGUUGAACAGAGAAACCUGCCAGUCCAGCAGCAGAGGGAACAAAUGAACAGGAAGUUAGUUGUGUGUAUACAACUUGUUCAUGAAGGCUUUUUUUUGUUGCAUAUGUUGCAUAAAAACAUUUUAUAUGAAAUAUGCAUGUGACUGUUUUAUAGGUUUUAGCAGUGGUCUUUUGGGAGUUUGUCAAUUCCUGAGCUAUUUAAAAGCUAUGAAUAAGAAUGCCCCUCCCGCUCCGUCUCUUCUUUAUGAAGCUCCGUUUUGCCUCUCAGCUUGAUCAUGUAUGGGUGGUGCCUGACUAUUUAAACACACAAAUCAGAGCACACUGGCGUGGUUUGGAUGGGAUCAUCCUCUUUAGCUCUAACAAUUUUAUGAGGACUUUAAAGUUAGGAUUUUUAAGACAGUAUCAGCCAUCUUCAUAGAAGCCGUUACUUAGUGUAGUGAUAUAAAUGUAAUGACCUGAUGUGAAGAUACUAGAGAGGCUGGUCUUUGCUCAUCUGCGCCCUCUGGUGACCUCACUGCUGGACCCAUUUCAGUUCUCCACCAACCCAGCGUUGGAGUGGAUGACCCCAUCAUCUGCCUCCUGCAUAGAGCUCUCUGUGAUCUGGAUCUGGAGAAGGCUGGGAACACUGUGAGAAUCAUGUUGCUUGUUUUUCUUGAGCUUCACAGCUUCAACAGCGCUGAACUCGGGGAAUAACGUGAAGGAGGCAAUGAUUUUCUUUUUCCCUUUGGGGUAUAUAUUUUUUUGAGACUUAAAACAACUCCAAAAUUUCUCUUAGUCAUGGAGUGAGAAGAAUGAGCACUGAACUUCACAUGUGCAGUAAAAGUGAAAAGGGGAGCGUGGCCUAAACAAAAAUGUGAUGACACAGCGUAACGGUGCGACUCACUGUGGUGGAAACGAAGUACUGCACCUCAGUAAACGGCAAUACAAUUAAUCUCACAUCACAACAACCAAGUACACUAAAUAAAAGAAUGUCUCUUAACAGAUUUUUAUUUCUCAAGUACUUUCAACAACACCACUUUGAUAGACCACCACCUUAUAUCAUAGACACUAGACUACAUGAUCACAACAGACCACACUAUGUGACGACACAGGACUGUUUUCUGCAGCAUACAAGGAACUGUCCUGGCUCCCACUCCUUUCUGGCUCUACACCGUAGACUUCAGACAUCUUUUGGCAAGCAGCAAUCUUCAGAAAGUCUCAGAUGACUCUGAAAUCUCCUAAUUACAGGAGAUAGGAAAGACUGUUUACAUGUCCUGCAUUCCCUCAUUGUGCAACAUGUCUAACAGACCUACAUCUACCACAAAUGUAAGAUUUCUGUUGUAUUUCAUUGUCUAUAUUUUAUAGUUACGUAAUGUUUAUUUUUCUUAUCUCGUGUGUGCACACAAAUACCUAAAAACUAAUCAUUUUGUGAGGACUUUAAAGUUAAGAUUAUUAAGACAGUAUCAGCCCGUCUUCAUAGAAGGCUCCACCUAGUGUAGUGACAUAAAUGUAAUGACCUGAUGUGAUGAUACUAGAGAGGCUGGUCUCUGCUCAUCUGCGCCCCCUGGUGACCUCACUGCUGGACCCAUUUCAGUUCUCCACCAACCCAGUGUUGGAGUGGAUGACCCCAUCAUCUGCCUCCUGCAUAGAGCUCUCUGUGAUCUGGAUCUGGAGAAGGCUGGGAACACUGUGAGAAUCAUGUUGUUUGUUUUUUAUUUCUC